UGAAGUAAAUAUAAGUGAGUGAAGAGGAAAUAAUAGUAAAAAUUUAACUCUGGUCCCUGAAGCCAAAUGCCCACUGCCAUACCAGCAGGCAGGAGACAGAGACACAGAAGCCUGUGAUGACAAAGACACAUCACACACUGGACAACCAGCCCCUAGCCAGAGAUGACCAGCUUCCUAUCAGACCUGGUACAGUAUCGGGGGCUCUUUCAAAUGAUCCCUGUCCUGGGGAUCGGUGGAACAUUCCAAAUUGGCUUUCAAGUUUCUACCAUCACCUACACAUCUCAGCAUGUUAAGGCUUUCAUUAAUGAAACUUGGCUGAAGCGAUACGGCUACCCCAUCCAUCAGGAUAACCUCUUGUUCCUAUGGUCUAUCACUGUGUCCAUCUUUGGUAUAGGAGGUCUCUUGGGUUCUUCAGGAAGUAGAUACCUGACUGUCAAGUACGGCAAAAAGAAAUGUCUCCUGUGCAACAAUCUGCUCAUGAUAGUGGCAGCAUCCAUCAUGGGCUGCAGUAAAAUAGCCCAGUCCUUUGAGAUGAUUCUAAUUGGACGCUUCAUGUGUGGAAUGAGUGCAGGUCUUUGUGUUCCUCUACACUAUCAAUAUGUUGGAGAAAUUUCCCCUAGGAAGUUACGUGGAUUUGCGAACUCUACUUCAUCUUUAUUUUGGUCACUGGGAAAAGCCGUAGGGCAAAUUUCAGGACAAAGGGAGCUGCUGGGCAGCCAGUCCCUGUGGCCCCUGCUGAUGGCCUCCUGUGGACUUCCAGCACUGGUCCAGCUGAUCACUCUGCCCUUCUUCCCUGAGUCCCCACCAUAUCUUAUCAUGCAUAAAGGAGACCAGGAAGGCUGCAAAAAAGCCAUAAGGCAGCUUUGGGGUGAAGGCCAUCACCAAGCAGAGAUUGAUGACAUCAUGAAAGAGAAGGCAACAAUGAAAAACACCAAGAUCUUGAGUGUCCUGGAGCUAAUGAAAGAACCAGCUUUCCGUUGGCAGCUGUACAUGAUAGCUAUUCUGAGUGCCACAAUUCAGCUAUGUGGCAUCAAUGCAAUCUAUUUUUAUACUUUUGAAGUCCUCCAGGCAGCUGGCUUUGAUGAAAAAAUGAUCUCCUAUAUGUCCCUCGCUGUUGGACUCUCUGAACUCGUGGCUACUGUAGUCUGUAGCUCCAUCAUUGAGCGACUGGGCAGGAAAGUUCUCCUAAGAGGAGGCUAUUGGAUCAUGGGUUCACUGCUAGCUGGUAUCACUGUGACUAUCUCCCUACAGGACUGGUAUUUCUGGAUGCCAUACUGCAGCCUUUGUCUGAUUAUCUUGUUUGUAGUUGUCUUUGGAGUUGGGCCAGCUGGUGCCACAGUUUCCAUUAGGACUGAAAUUCUUAGGCUCUCAUGCAGACCACCUGCCUUUGUGAUCAGUUCAGUUCUCAACUGGCUGGGCGUCUUUGUGAUCGGAACAACCUUCCCAUUCAUUGUGGAAAGACUCAAGCACUUCUGCUUCCUCAUCUUUAUGGGGGUACUUUUCACUUCAGGGAUAAUUGUCCACCUGUUCCUUCCAGAAACAAAAGGGAAAUCAAUUGUGGAAAUCACAGAAGAAUUCAAUAAGCUAAACUUUAAAAAGAAGCGUCUUACAACAACUCCAAAUCAUGCCACAGAGGAUUACACCUUCUGCACCAGGCUUGAUAUGGCUACCUUCUUCUCUGACCUGGUUCAGUUCCGGGGACUAUUUCAAAUGAUCUUAGUGCUAGGAAUUGGUGGUAGUUUCCCAUAUGGAUUCCACAUUUCUGUCAUCAACUAUCCUUCUGUGCACAUCAGGAAGUUUAUUAAUGAAACCUGGAUAGAGCGACAUGGCUCUCCCCUCCAUCCUGAGACAAUCAUGUUGUUGUGGUCCUUCAUUGUGUCUGUUUAUGGGAUAGGAGGAUUCCUGGGGAGCAUCUGCUGUGGCUACCUGACUACAAAAUACAGGAAAAAAAAGUGCCAAAUGUGCACCAACCUGAUCAUGCUGGUAGCUGCACUUUUCAUGGCCUUCAGUAAAACAGCCAAAUCCUUUGAGAUGAUUCUGGUCGGACGCUUUCUCUAUGGCAUUGGUACAGGUUUUUCUCUCAACAUACAUCCUCAGUAUGUAGGAGAGAUUUCACCCAAGAAGUUGCGUGGAUUUACCAACUCCACAGUUGCUGUUUUUCUGACACUGGGAAAACUCACAGGACAGGUUAUUGGACUACGGGAGAUUUUAGGAAGCGAAGCUUUGUGGCCAUGGUUAUUAGCAUCUAGUGGACUUUCAGCAUUGGUUCAACUGGUUACCCUCCCAUUUUUCCCUGAUUCACCAUCCUACCUCCUGAUACAGAAGGGUAAUGAGGAAGCCUGCAGGAAAGCCAUCAGGAAGCUCUGGGGGGAAGGAGACCAUCAAGCAGAAAUUGAUGACAUUAUGAAGGAGAAGGUUACAAUGACAAGCACAAAAACUUUGCGUGUCCUCGAAGUAAUAAAAGAGCGAUCUUUGCGCUGGCAACUUUACAUUUUGAUGACUGUCAUGACCACCUUGCAGCUCUGUGGAAUCAAUGCAAUAUACUUCUAUUCUUUUGAAGUAUUCCACACAGCCAAGUUUGAAGAAUACCUUAUCCCAUACGUGUCCCUGGGAGUUGGGUUGUGUGAAUGCUUAUCCUCUAUACUGUGUAGCACCCUUAUAGACCGAUUUGGGAGGAAGGUGCUGCUAUGGGGAGGAUACACGCUGAUGUGUUCUGUGCUAGCACUCCUUACCAUGACCCUGUCACUGCAGCAUCAGUUUUUCUGGAUGCACUACUUCAGUGUUAUCUUGAUCUUCCUGUUCGUUGUCUUCUAUGGAAUUGGACCGUCUGGAGCCACUAUAUCUAUCAUGGUUGAAAUCUUCAGCCAGUCAUUCAGACCAUCAGCCUUUCUGAUUGUUGGCUGCAUCAACUGGAUGGGACUGUUUGUACUUGGGAUGAUUUUUCCACUGAUUGUUGAUAACCUUGGACCCUUCUGCUUCCUUAUCUUUUUGGGAAUCCUUGCUUUAUCAGCAAUUUUCAUCUACCUGUAUCUCCCUGAGACCAAGGGAAAGUCAAUCAUGGAAAUAAAAGCAGAAUUCAACAAGCUGAAUUUUGGAAAAAAAGAAACCUCAGUCACUGAAAAUAGCUUUCCUAAGGAACAGUUGUUCUGCACUAAACUCUGAACAUCCAGAGCAGAAAUUUGCAUCUCUUAGGAAAGACAGGAAACAAUGUUGCAAUAGAACUAAACAGGAAACAUUAAAAAACAGACUGCAAGGUCUUCUGUCUCUUAUUCCCUUUUUCUUUUUUUUUAAUAUAGAUAAGAAAUUCAUUAUGCUAGUGUUUUAUUUCUUGCUGUUAUCUAAAUAUUUUCACAGGAAAUUUCAUCACUCCAUUUUAAGUUCUACUGGAUAUAAUGAGAUUUUUUCUAAAAAAGCCCCCAACCUUUUAUGCUAGUCUACCUUAUAAAGUUUUAAAACAUUUUGUUAGCAGUUCAUAGGGCCCAAAUCCUGCUAGAAGAACAUACAUACAGGCUCUGCUCACAUCCCUGGACCCACAACCCUGGGCCUCAGUUGGUCUCUCUUGUUCCCAGGAGUCCUGUCCAAUGCCACAGGUACCUGAACGGUUUGUUAUUAAGCUUUCCUAAAUGAGACCUCACUAGCUCUAAGCACCUCAUAAUCAGCAAACUGCUGACAAAUAGCUCAGAGUAUCAGAAAUAUGAAGGAACAAGUGAAAUAAUUUAAGACGAACCAAGGGAAGGAAGGAUUAAGACAUCUAAAUGAUCAUUAGUCAUGAGGCUGGGGAAACACAGAAGUCUAAAAUAUUUGACUAGCAGGCUGACAGAGGAAAAGCUAGAUACAUGGUUUAGGGUGACCCGAGCAGAUACAGAUUCACAACAUAGCACAGUAAAUUAGGAAAAAAGUUUCCAGCCAUGAUAACAGAAAAAAAUAUUGAAGGUGAAAUUGUACUGUGCAACAAUCCUUCUGGAGAUGUAAUGGAAAUCUCAGUGGAGAACACCAUAGUAACUCUGGACAGGGAGAAGGACCUGCCAAACAGAGAUAUUAUUGUAUGCAAAAGAAGUAAAAUG